AUGAUUUCUCUCACGCUCCAGCGCUUACUCUCUAGAACAGGCCUUGUCUCCACUGUAUUAUUCUCCGGUCGUCGAUCCAGUCUCGCUGCAGCCAUCCGCACCUUGUCGACACUCUCGACAAGAAGGGCGAUCGCGUCGCCAUGUACCUUGCAGCCAGCCACGCCCCUUCCUCAACAGCGCUUCGUGUCGUCUUUGAAGGAUCCGACAGACGAGCAGUCAAUAGCCGAUGAGCUCGACUUCUUCAACGAGAAGGAAUGGGGCUGGGUCAUCUACCGCUGCACCUACGGUGACGACGCGUCCUGGGAGCGCUUCAAGGAGCUGGUCGCGCGGCAGACGCGCGAGGCCCUCGCACCGUCCCCGUGUAGCGACGCGCCGCCGAGGCCGCCGCCGCGGCGCAGUGUCGUAGAUGGUGUCGACUGGAGGUUCGUGUCCGACCCGGCUCUCCAAGGCGCGUCCAAGGAGGCACUCCGCGAGCGCUUCCGUGCCUGGGUCGCCGAGGAUAGGUCAGACCCUCCGGCGAGGUCUGGAUACAUGUCGUCGCGCCACAGCCACUUUGUGCAGGUGGAUGAGGCGUCACUGCGCAGCGUUAUCAACGAUGAUGACCCGGACGCUUGGAACUCGGGCUGGGUCAAUCUGGUGCGCUGCGUCGAAGGGCUAGAUUACAAUCUGUCCCCAGAGUGCAAGGCCGCGCAGGAAGGGUAUACAAAGGAGCUUGAGGGGGACGGCGAGGAAUACGUCCCGGAGGACUGGAUCAUGCUGGCGGCCUCGUCCCUGACCCCGAGCUUCUACGGUAGUCUAAAUUCCAUGUCAGAGAAUUGGUACAUGUAUUAUUCCCAGCCUUCAAACUUGGUAUCGCAUUGA